AUGUCGAAUUAUGCGAGUACAAUAGCUUCUCUUAAAUAUUUAACGGUACAAAUCAAUCGACACGGAAGUUUAGCUGUUGUUUUAUUAGGCACCGUUGGCAAUUUGUUGAAUCUUCUUGUAUUCGGCGAUCGAUCUUUUCAUCUCAAUCCAUGCACAACUUAUCUGAAAUGGUCAUCGAGCAUCAGUAUUAUCUUUAUCUGGUCAGGAUUAUUAACGCGUAUUCUCGAUGGGUAUGGAAUUGGUUGGCCGAAUCAGAAUCCACCGUUAUGUAAAAUUCGUUUGUUUAUCUUGAUGGUUUGUUGGUCAAUGUCUACAUGGGCGUUCGCCGGAGCAAUGAUGGAUCGAUAUUUGUGUAGUAAUCCUUUAGUUAUCCACCGUAUGAAGAGUACCGUUCGCACAGCAAGGCGAUUUUUAAUCUUCUUUUUCAUUCUUUCCAUCGCUUUAUUCGUGCAAAUCUUCUAUUGUUAUGAAGCAAGUGUGCCCAACGUUCCCGUCGCUUGUUACACUCAAACGUUAGCUUGUCAAAUGUACAAUGAUUGGACGAAUAUUUUGUACAAUAUUCUUAUUCCAAGUAUAUUCAUGACAAUAUUCAGCGCGCUGACAAUCUCGAACCUUCGACAACGAACUGUUCAUCCAAUACAGACAAAUACACAAACACAGCCGACUUUGAGAAAAAUCGAUCGAAAUCUUCGGAAGAUACUAUUUGUUCAAAUUGCGUUUUUACUUGUGUUGAGUUUACCUGUUGGAAUUCAGCGUUUUUACGCGAAUGUCACAUCGGACACAGUUAAAAAAUAUACGUUUGUUAAAACACCUGCUAACAUAACUGCCUCACGGAUGUUGCAACUCUUUAUUCUUUCCGCAAUAUUUCUUACCGGAAAUUGUGUGUUACUAACUAAAGUUGGCAAUGCAAGAUUGAAUGGAUUUACUUUAAUGAGUUUAUCGAAUACAACACAAGAACAAUGCAUUUGUGAAAUGUUAAGAUUAGAUUACGUUUCGUCAUUGAACUAUUUCUCGAAAAAUCGAACAUGUUUAUUAGUUUUGUUGCCUCCUGGUGUAUCUACAAGUGUCAUAGUCGAUAUCAACUCUAGCUUGUUUUAUACCAAUCAAUCGAACAUUGGAAGUUUGUUUAAAACAAUAACUUUCACAUCAACAACAUCGACGGCUAUAAGCACGAUUUCCGGAUGGACAACUUUAGCGAAUAUGACUGUUGGGCGAUGCAGUCAUACAACAUCUGCAUUAUCAAAUAGCAGUGUAUUAGCUGCUGGUGGACGAGAUAGCAAUUAUGCUGCUCUCCUCAGUGCAGAAAUAUACAACCCGGUGACGGGAACGUGGAUAGUCACAGGUAAUAUGAGUAUUGCACGAUUUCGUCAUACAGCAACUGUUCUGGCAAAUGGACAAGUUUUAGUAAUCGGUGGCUAUGGUAAUGCUACUCUGAGCAGUUCUGAAAUCUAUGACCCAUCGACAGGUAGAUGGGCUGUUGUGGGAAACAUGAGUAUUGCCCGAAUGUAUCAUACAGCAUCUCUACUGCUAAAUACUAAGGUGUUAGUGGUUGGUGGGCAAAGCGAGAGCAUUGUUGCUAAUAAUAACGCACAAAUAUUUGAUCCAUCAACAGGAGCAUGGUCAGCAACAGGUAGUUUGAAUACUGGUCGAUGUUGUCACACCGCAUCUGUUCUAACAAAUGGAAAGAUAUUAGUUACUGGUGGACGAAAUGGUGUUGAUAAUCUCCGAAGUGCUGAACUGUAUGAUCCAUUAUUACAACUGUGGUCAGUGACAGGAAGUAUGAACUUUGCACGGUCUUUUCACACAGCGUCGGUUUUAAUCAAUGGUUCUGUGUUGGUUGCUGGUGGUUACAACGAUACAAACACUUUUACCAAUUCUGCCGAAUUGUAUAAUCCAGCGACAGGAACGUGGGCAACCGUGGGAGCUAUGAGUACUGCUCGAAGCUAUCAUACGGCAUCUGUUCUGACAAACGGAAAUGUUUUAUUAGCCGGUGGGUAUAAUAAUAUUUCUAUUAACAGUGCUGAACUGUACAUUGCUUCAAGUGGAAAUUGGACGACUGUAGAAUCCAUGAAAUUCAGGCGAUUUUUACACGCUGCAUCUGUAUUAUCAGAUGGCAAACUUCUAGUUACCGGUGGACACAAUAAUGGCUGCCAAAAUAGCGUAGAACAGUAUUAUUAA